CAGCACUUGCAUUUGUGUAGCAGUCUUUCCUGAAGUGUGUUUUUGGUGCUGGUAUCAGGGUAAAACACAGAUGACAGGGCUUAAGGAAGGAGAGGAGCGGGUGACUCUUGAUCUUCUCACGAAGAAAAUGGACGACUUUGCUAGGGAAAGAGAUUGGGAACGUUUCCACAGCCCCAGAAAUCUUCUCCUGGCUUUGGUUGGAGAAAUGGGGGAACUUUCUGAGAUAUUCCAGUGGAAAGGAGAGGUUCCAAAGGGACUGCCAAACUGGAAGGAUGAAGAGAAACAACACCUGGGGGAGGAGCUUUCAGACGUGUUACUCUACCUCGUUAGACUCUCAGAUGUCUGUGGGGUUGACCUUGGUAAAGCCGCCCUUAGGAAAGUGGAACUUAAUGCCCUCAAAUAUCCGGUGAAUGUUGACGGUGGCUCUAAGAAGCAGGAGUUGUAAACUAGUAAUACUACAACUUGUUCCUGUCAUUCUGCGGGAUUUACUAGUUACUACUAUCAAGAAUCAAGAAGAUCAGUUGAUUUUCUACCAAAAAAAAAAAAAAGAGAGAGAAGGGAAGAAGACCAGCUGUUUCAUAUCACACAUACCCCAAAAAAAAAGGCUGGGGGGUUGGGGGUGGCCAGUUGUUGGUUUGCUUUCCAAUGGAAAGUAUUGGGUCCUGCGUGCAGGUUUUUAUGGCAGUUUUUGCAGUACAGGAAAUAGACUUUUUUCUAGGCUUAUUAGUUUUAAUUGGAGUGUGGCUUUUCUGGGACGGAUGGUGUUUAUUUUGGCAUUAAUUUCUGGGAGAUUUUGUGACUGCUUUGGCGGUCGAACAGAAUCCCUCUUUCCGGGCAACUCUGAACAGAUGCAUAAGACAUGAAUGUUCCGGCAGCAUUAAUCAAUGCUAGCUGCAAAUUGUGG